CGUUCACUUCACAUUCUAAUGGAAAAAGAAUGAAAUUGAAUCGUGACAGAAGCCAGAAACAUGCCCAAAAUUCUCAUUUUACCAUCUAAUCAGGGCACAGUUUAUGGUGGAAAAACAAUCUUAACAUUUUCCAUGUUUCCUCUUAUCUUGGUGGAAUCUUCCCCCCCUUAACACUUUCAGUUUCCCUUAACACCUUUUCUGUUUCUUACUCUGUUUCCUCAAUGGCUUUUCAUCAUAGAAAACUACUGCAUCAGUAUCAGUAUCAGUAUCAGUACCAUGGAAACCCAACACCUUCCCCUCAUGAAUCACCAGUUGCACUGCCUCUGGUAUUACCCCAUUUACCUUCCCUUGAAUUUUAUCAUAGCCAUGCCCAUGUGCAUAGCCAUCCCGUUUUACUUCGAGUCGCUAUGAUUGUCAUGGCUUGCUUGGUUGGUUUGGUUAUGUUUCUUUGCACCUUGUCCAUAAUCCAAAGGAGCUAUUAUUCAAGGAGACACAACCAAAGAAACACACCUAUAUUGUUCGAUGUAAAUGGAGAUUCUCCAGUUUCAGAUGAUGAUGAUGAUGAUAACGAGGGACAAGUCAUUAACCACCCCAUAUGGUUCAUCCGCACGGUGGGUCUCAACCAAUCAGUCAUAGAUUCCGUCACAGUUUUCAAGUACAGAAAAGAGGAAGGACUAAUAGAUGGGACAGAGUGUUCAGUUUGCCUAGGUGAGUUUCAACAAGAAGAGAGUCUCAGACUCUUGCCCAAGUGUAGCCACGCUUUUCACAUCCCUUGCAUUGAUACAUGGUUGAGAUCUCAUAAAAAUUGUCCCUUGUGCCGUGCACCUGUGGUUCAUGAUGCUGGUUGUGGUGCAGAGGUGAGAGUCACUGAUGAGCCUGAUUCAAACGUAAACGUUUCUGGUCAGAAUCAGAACCAAGAGGCCCAUGUAGAGAACUUUGAUCAUUUUGGAGAGAGUGAGAGUAGUACACUGAGGAUUGGAGAUGAUGACUCUAGUAAUUGCCAUUCUUCAGAGGAAGUGGAAGAGGAAAUACAACCUGUGAGGAGGUCAAUUUCUAUGGAUUCAUCUUCUGCUUCAAUGAUAUUUCAUGAUGUGCUAGAUUUAAAUUCUGAUCGAGAGAGCUCAGAGAACCAACUUGGUGACAAAAUCAAUUCAAGUAGCAAGGACAUGACCGUUGCUAAGCAGGGUAGUGGAAGUUCAACCAUUUGCAAAGUGGCUUCAAUUGGACUUGCAUUGCAGAAUAGGCCAAUCUCAACUAGAAGAUCCUUCUCACAUAACACAAAAUUUUUAUUUUCUAGACACUGUAGGAGCCAGAGUUCCACUCUUCCCUUGUAGACUAAAAGCACCAAGGAAAUUUGCACACUAAAUCGUCAAGUGCUAGCAAGGUCAAGUUAAAACUCAACGAUCGAUGAAUGAUGAUUAUGCCUAGGGGAUGAGUGUUUAUCCAACUUCCAAGGCAGUGCUCUACAUAUGUCUGCUUGUCUUCCCUUUAAACAGCCUAUGUUUCAGACUUUCCGUAUGCUUCAUAUUUUCAACAGAAAUAGGGUAAUAUAAAACUAUACAUAGAAGGUUGUGUUAUUUCACCCCAUGUGCUUCUUCUUUUUUUCUACUUGAGCUUGCCGUGAUAUAUAAUCAUUAUUCUCUUAUAUUCUAUAUAUGUUCAUCUCGCAACCCCAUUUUUUGUUUAAUCCUGCUUCAAACUUAUAUUGAACAUGUUUACGAAUGGAUUAUGAUCCCCACUGCUUCAUCGGUAUUUUAGUCGUUUCUUUCUCAAAUUUACUGGUGGAUCCCACAUAAUUGCCCUCUGAAGGAACUCAAAACAUUCCUCAGAAUAGGAGCCCUAUUUGUCUGGUAGAAUUAUGGGUUUGAUAGUUGUAUUUUAAAGGAUAUAAGAUUGUGUCAUUUUAAGUGAGAAAAAAAUAUAAAUAAUGAAAAUUAUCUGGAGUGGGGGGCGGCGAGGCUCU